AUGAUUCUUAAGCUUGAGCAACUCAACCUGAAUGACUCUCAAACCGCUAUUCGGAAUUUGAACAGAGCAAAACAGCCCAGUGACCGUGAAGUUUGCGACGAUGUCGUCUUACUUUGGAGAGAAGAGCCAGCUAGCGAAGAACUGGAAAUUGAACAGCUUUUCGACAAGCUUAAAUUACGAAAUUGUCAUUGGGACCUUGAACUGCGAGAUUUCUGCUCGAUUUUGACCAAACAUAACCUAUAUGCUACUGAAAACCGGCCCAUGUUCACGUAUGCCGACAAAGUGCGAUCUACAGAGACACCAGAUUUGAACUUGAAUUCGAAAAUUGAAUUGCGAAAUACCAAGCAAAUGGGUAAGGGACUAGUGGCGAAAUCGGAUCUGAAAUUUGGAGAAUUGGUGUUUUCUGAGAAAUGGCCAUUAAUUUUGGUUCCACAGCUUGAAAAAAAGACACUUGCUGCCAAAGGACGAUGUUGUUCACUGUGUGGAGCAUCCUUAACGCAGAGUUCCCAUUUUACCGUUAUCAAUGGGUUAGAUUGUAGCGGUUGUAGUUCCGUCUGGUGUUCAAAGCACUGCAAGAAGGCAGAUAUCACGCAUAAUUUCCUGAAUCACCAGACAUCCAAAAAUACCCAGAUCGAUGCAAAGGGGUGGAGAGAGUACGAAGAAUUUUGUCGAUCUAACUCCGCAGAUAUUGCCUACUCUGUAGGCGUCAUGUUUGCGCGAUUUCUCACAGAUCGGCAAAAUGGACCACGGCUGAAAAACCAAUUCGCAUCUCUCGCCGGAGUUAGUCAAUUGCUUAGAAUGAAGGCACUGGAUUCCAUCAAUGUUGGUGGUACUUUUGAUGCUUCCACAGGACCCGAAUUUCUGCCCGAUAGUUCCAAAUGGUCGACCUGUUUCGAUCUGUUCUGUCAAGCGUUUCCAACCGCCAGCUCAGAAGGCAUUACGCAAGAAUCAUUCCUUACCGAUAUAGGUAAAUUCCACAUAAAUCAGGUCUCUGGUCAAAUUUAUACGAUUUUCUCUCACGUCAACCACAGCUGCGAGCCCAAUGUUCGAUAUGAAAUAGACCCGCACUGGGGUCUCAAAGUAUACGCUAGGAAGCCAAUUACCAUUGGCGAGGAGCUUUUCGUAAGUUACGUGAAUCCGCUACAUGGCUUGAUGUUAAGAAGAAGAGAACUACGUGUCAAUUGGGGGUUCAUUUGCAAUUGCCCAAGGUGUCUAAAAGAAGUCGAAUCUAGAAAUAAAACCAAGAUCAAACCUGCAUCAAUUACCACGGAAGAAGAAAUCGAGCCCUCGAGGCGCAGGUCCUCUUUGAAGACCGCUAGGCCUGAUCUCUCAGACUUACUCAAAAAUGGUGUAGAAUUCGAUCUCGAAAUCCCAAAUGAACAAGGACUACCAUCGAGAAGAAAGUCGGUCAGGUUCGAUAAAAAAGUCAUGGUAGCGGUAGAAGAAUAA